CUGGGGCGCAGGCGAUAACCAAGAACGGUAACAACCGGAACUGUAGAGGCUGAGUGCUGUGGAGUGAGUUCUGCUACACCAUUUGGUGUGAGAGCGAGUGGUUGACAAGGGCACAGGACUGGGUUGCCUCCGCCAUGUUCUGCAACAGAGCCAUGGAGCUGGUUCGCGAGUCGCACCGCUUACCCCAAGGGCAGCUGCUGGCCUUCAAUGAAGAUGGACUCAGACAGGUUCUGGAGGAGAUGAAAGCUUUAUAUGAACAAAACCAGUCUGAUGUGAAUGAAGCGAAGUCAGGUGGACGAAGUGAUUUGAUACCAACCAUCAAAUUUCGACACUGUUCUUUGCUAAGAAACCGACGCUGCACUGUAGCAUACCUGUAUGACCGAUUGCUUCGAAUUAGAUCACUGAGGUGGGAAUGUGGCAGUGUUUUGCCAAAUGUUUUACGAUUUCACAUGUCUGCUGAAGAAAUGGAAUGGUUUAAUCAUUAUAAAAAAUCCCUUGCUACUUAUAUGAGGUCAUUGGGAGGAGAUGAAGGUUUGGAUAUUACACAGGAUAUGAAACCUCCCAAAAGCCUAUAUAUUGAAGUACGAUGUUUAAAAGACUUUGGAGAAUUCGAAGUUGAUGAUGGUACAUCAGUGCUAUUAAAAAAAAAUAGCCAGCACUUUCUACCUCGGUGGAAGUGUGAGCAGCUGAUUAGACAAGGCGUUCUGGAGCACGUCCUGUGGUAACCUCAUACUGAGGCCCUGCCAAGCUUCCCUGUGGUAUGAGGCUGAACUCCUUCACACAAACUUCUGCACUUCCUUCUCCACCC